UAGGCAACUAAAGUUUUGCAGUGAGUUGUUGUUCUUCACUUCCGAUAGGAUGACCUCUGACUGUUCUCCCUCGUGCUGCCCUUCUGAUUGUCCCAGUGCUCCUGACUGUGCAUCUGCUUCAACCUGCUGUGUGGAAACCACUUGUCUGCCCAGCAACUGUGUUACAUCCAGAUGUGAGACGCCUACCUUCUUCUCUAGGACUUGCCUGGCAACUGGGUACCUGGCCCCAUGCUACUUUACUGGGAGUUGUAAUGUCUCAGGCUUAGCAGGGAAUUGUGCUUGGUGUGAGGAUAGAGCGUUUAACAGCAAUGAGAAAGAGACGAUGCAGUUCCUGAAUGACAGACUUGCCAACUACCUGGAGAAGGUGCGGGGCUUAGAGGAGGUGAAUGCAGAGCUGGAAAGAAGGAUCCAAGAACAGUGUGAAGAUGACAUCCCACUGGUGGGCCCCGAUUAUCAGUGUUACUUUGACACCAUUGAAGAGCUCCAACAAAAGAUCUUGUGCACAAAGGCAGAGAGUUGCAGACUGGCAGUACAGCUAGACAACUGCAAACUGGCUGCUGAUGAUUUCAGGUCAAGGUACGAAUCUGAACUAUCUCUUCGCCAACUACUGGAGGCUGACAUCAGCGGCCUGCAUGGUAUCCUGGGUGAGCUGACCCUGUGCAGAUCUGACCUGGAGGCCCAUGUGGAGUCUCUAAAGGAAGAUCUCCUUUGCCUUAAGAAAAACCAUGAAGAGGAGGUCAACUUGCUUCGGGAACAGCUUGGUGAUCGACUGAGUGUGGAGCUGGACACUGCCCCCACCAUGGACCUCAGCAGGGUUCUGGAAGAGAUGCGUAGUCAGUAUGAGUCUGUGCUCGCCAACAACCGCAGAGACGCGGAAGAAUGGUUCGCUGUUCAGACAGAGGAGCUGAAUCAGCAGCAACUUUCCAGUGCAGAGCAAUUGCAGGGCUGCCAGACAGAGAUCUUGGAACUGAAACGUACAGCCGAGGCUCUGGAAAUUGAACUCCAAGCACAGCAAAGCCUGACUGAGUCUCUGGAAUGCACAGUGGCAGAAACUGAGGCUCAGUAUAGCACAGAGCUGGCCCAGAUGCAGUGCCUGAUCGACAAUGUGGAGACACAACUAGCUGAGAUUCGCUGUGACCUGGAGCGGCAGAACCAGGAGUACAAGGUGCUGUUGGAUACAAAGGCUCGGCUGGAGUCAGAGAUCAGUACAUACCAGGGCCUGCUGGAGAGUGAGGACCACAGACUUCCCUGUGAUCUGUGCUCUACAGUCACAUCAAGCAGCACUUGUGAACCAUGCUCAGAAUUUAUCAUUUGCACAGUCGAGAACUGCUGUCCGUAAAUGUUAGACCCCUGCACAAGGCUGAUGGAGGACCAGAAGCUAGCAGUGAACUGAAAAGAAGAGGGAGUUUUGGUCAGGGACCAGCAAACUGGAAACACAAAUCAAGAAGGCUUGUCUCCCAAGAGUUGUCUGCUAAGAAUCCUCCAUAUAUUUCUGCUUUGUCAUUUACUGUCCUGCCUUCUUGUGUAUAAUAGGAAUCUGUAAAGCCUCCUUAACAGUAUCCAAAGAAAGCAUACUGUUUUGUGUA